CGUCUUCAACUCAGCCCCACGGCAUUAAUACUCGCUAAACACCGUUGUCAGCAACCAGAUUGUAUUCCUAAAACGGCAUAUGCUGUCGCGUGUUUGGUCGACGUCGAUAGUUGUCAUCGAUAUUCUGGUGGGGACUUUAACGGCUUAACUCCGUGCUGCCUCCGUAUUUCUGCAGUUGAGCGGACUUCAGACAACCCGACUUUACGCAAUCCGAAACUCCGUUGGGGGGUGCAUCUCCUGAGAAACCUCAACUAAUUUAUUCUUAAAAGACUGGCAACUUUUCUGCCUCAGUCUUUUUUUUUUUGGCCAUUUCAAUUUCAUCGCACAUCUAUCAUCAUGUCUAAACCUGUUGUUCUUGCAGACGUUACUGGCGGAAGCGCAAAGGCUACUCACCUUUGUGUUUUAGUUCACGGCCUUUGGGGAAACCCAAGUCAUUUGCGCAAUGUCGCUAAGGCGUUGCGCGACGAAUAUUCCGAAGACGAAUUAUAUAUCCUGCCUGCUGAGAAGAACUGCGGCAACUUCACAUACGAUGGCAUUGAACUUGGUGGCGAGCGCGUGUGCGCAGAGAUCGAGGACAAGUUACGCAACAUUGAAGAGCAAGGAGGCAAGAUCACCAAGUUGAGUAUUGCAGGAUAUUCGCUCGGUGGUCUAGUUUCGCGGUAUGCGGUUGGUUUGCUUUAUGCGAAGGGAAUUCUUGAUGAUCUCGAAUGCAUGAACUUUACCACAUUUGCAUCCCCCCAUCUCGGAGUAAGAACGCCACUUAAAGGAUGGCUCAACAACAUCUGGAACGUCCUCGGCGCCCGAACGCUAUCAAUGUCCGGUCGCCAACUUUUUACCAUCGAUAAAUUCCGCGACACCAAUCGACCUCUUCUCGCAGUGCUCGCCGAUCCAGAUUCUAUCUUCAUGUCUGGUCUCAAGAAGUUUAAGCGCCGCACACUAUACACAAACAUUGUCAACGAUCGAAGUGUUGUACACUACACAUCCGCCAUUACCAAACAUGAUCCUUAUACAGACCUUGAAAAGGUCAACAUCAACUACCUCAAGGGAUACGAGGGUGUGAUUCUUGACCCUGACCAUCCUAUUGCGCUUCGACCGAAAUUCCAACAAGACACGCUAUUGACAGACUACGAAGCUCUCAAGAAGUGGGUCAAGAGCAUCCCGUUUAUGGUGACGGUCGGUGUUAUAAUUCCGAUCGGAGUUGUUGUCUUCCUCGCCAACUCUGCCGUCCAAACAGUUCGAAGUGCCAAUCGAAUCAAGGCGCACGAGUCAGGAGAGGCUGGGUUGAAGAUCGAGCAGUACCGCAUGCCCCUGCGGAUUAAGGAGAUUCGAGAAGAAGUCGAACAAGCUUACGAGGUUCUCAACAGCUCACAGAACCAGCAAUACUUGGCAUCGUCAGACUCAGAAGAUGAUCUGGCGUAUGAUGCUGAGGAUCGCAAGCUGCUGAAGAAAGAGCGCAGGAUGUCGACUCCUGGACAGCCUACGCUUGCGCUGACUCCUGAUCAGUUCGAGAUGAUUGAGAACUUGGAUGCAGCUGGUUGGCGCAAGUUUCCUGUUCACAUUCAGAAGCAUCGACAUAGUCACGCGGCUAUUGUUGUGCGCAUGGAUAAGGAGAGUUUCGCUGAUGGUUGGGUUGUUUUGAAGCACUUUGCUGGAAACCAAGUUAUAUUAAUUCGUCAUACUCCCACAUCGUGGCAUCCAUCACGUGUUAAUCGCCACAUUCUCUCCCCAGAUCAACCGACCCCUCAUCACGGCCCAAUCGGAAACUUGUCAAGCCAAUUGCCACUCGAUCAAUUGGACCUCUUGUUCUACUUCGCUUCUCUUCGAUCCUUUUUUCUUGACGAGCAGGAUUUGCUCGAAUCCGCGACAAUGGUUCUCACUCAUACGACAAACCACAACUAUAACCACCCAUUCCCGACUGUCACUCUCGCCUACUUCCUCCGAUACUCCUCGCCUCAGCUAAACCCCUUCGCCGCCCAUGUUCUCAGCACCGACACCAUUGAGAGCUAUGUCGACCCAAAAACCCGUCGACUUCACACAACUCGCAUCCAUUUGAAGAAAAGUCGAAUGCCUGGUGCUGUAUACAAGCUACUUCCUGCCAGUGUCACUGGUGGUGGCUCUGGAGACAAGGCUUCAUACAUCCUGGAGACGAGUGUUGUUGAUAUCAAGGAGGGUUGGAUGAAGACGGAGAGUCGAAACCUCAAUUUCACGGGUGUACUUUCUGUCAUUGAGAAGCAGGAGUUCAACGUGCCUACCGAAGGUGUUAACCAGAAUCCUAACGAGACUGCUGUGACGACUAUGGUUCAGUUCAGGUCAAGACUGGGGGAUAAAAUUAGGGGCAAGCUGGGACAAGCCCAAGAGGACGGUUGGUUCAAGAAUGGCAUCAUUGGUGGCUGGGGCACGAAGGGCAUUCAACGCAGCAUCGAAAGCAUCGCCUCUACCAAAACGCAGGAUCAAAUGGGUAAAAGCCGCGAUGGCAUGAAACUCGUCCUCGAACGAUUGCGCAACAAUGGCGUAAUGGGAGUCCUCGAGACGAUACGGCGAGAACGUCAACGACAGCUCGCUUGAACGCAUAACGAUACGACCAACUGUAACAAUGAACGACAACGGCCUUUGAGCAGCACAACUUCGGGAGGGAAAGGUUCCUGAUGGGCUGUGUGCGCUCUGUGUAUUAUUAUUGCUUUUCACUUGAGCCUGGCGUAUGUGUCUUUUUUCUUUUGGAGAAGGGAAUCUAUGGAAAAUCUGGAGAUGCGAUGCUGGAAUCGGCCAGCGGAGCGGAUGAGGGGACCGAAUAACGUGUGAUGACACGGCGCCUCAACUAUAUGUGGCAUCCCCUCUCUUGUAUUGUGUAUGAAGAAUGAAUGGAAACAAAGUUUCAAAGAAGUUUAUUGGUCUAGUGAUUGGCCGCGUGGAUGUGAGGUUUGAGCUUGCCCGACAGCUUAUCUGAGGUAACAAGCUUGGGUCGUGUACGUUCCAAGCUCUUAGACAGCCUAUGGACUUACUUAUAUAA